GCGAUAUGGUGGUCGCCCUCGGGUUUGGCGAGGCGGUUGUUCGACACGACGUCACCAUGUGUGAUGAUGAUGACGACUGAACGGCCGUGACAAGCAUCUCAGCUUGAGACUACGAAGCGCCGACCUCAUCACACUUGUCCAUGUCCAAGUAGCCACCAGAGUCUCGGAGGGAGCUGUUCUGGAUUCUUGGGUUGCGUGCCCGUCCAGCGUCUCGACGUCGUCUAUUCACGACGGCCGCAGUGUCUAGUUGCCUCCGGCGACGUGCCCCUGCCGCGAUCCAUCCCAACCGCAGAGGGGAAGCUACCGAUCAACUAAUUACUCAACUCCGUCGCGGCCAUGACCGACGACCGUGAAACCAUGGCCGAAGAGGGGUGUGCCGGUCAGGUUCGGCAGCCCAGCGGCGGAGGUUCGCCAUCACCUCUCGAGACAGAGAAGAAGGCGUCCGUCACUCCGGCGCCGCCACCGCCACUGUCACCGCCGACAGCAAAGGAUCUCGCUCAGGCUGAGAAAGGCAUCAUUGCAACCAAGGAACCAUGCCGCACCGCCAAAGCCCAGGAGAACAUGGAGUUUGGUGCUGGCAUUGCUGCCUUCGGUGCAAGCAUGAUGGUGGCGUGGUACUUCCUCUCUUCAGAGGCCAGAGGAGCACACAACCUGCGCUACAUCAUCCCAAUGCUUCUUGGCUUUGCAUGCUUCGUAUGUGGUGUGUCGCUGAUGCUCUUGAGUAUGAACAUCCUCGAGCUCCCGGAAAAAAUCAUUGCUGAUGUCCAAGAAAUGGCCUCCAAAUACCUCUCCUUGUUGUGCAGCAUAUUACCUGUAGUAACAUUGCUUAGCCCCUUGGUGCUUUCGGGGUAUAAGGUCUACAGGUACAUUGGCCUCACCCUUCUGGUUAUGGUAACAACUCCACUUGCUUUAUUGCGAUGGUACAUUGGACGCAAGGCUGAUGGAGGUGAGGCAGCAGACAAUGAGCACAUGGAGCAAUUAGAGGCUGCCUUUAAGUUUAUCUCAGCCAUCAGCAACUCUGCUAGUGGUGGUCUGGUUGCCUUGGUGGUCAAUUACAAUGUCACUGGUGGUUCAGGGCGCACUAAGGGUGCCGUCCUUGUAGCCAUUUUCUUCAUAUUCACAACUGCCAUUUGGGGCCUGCUCUCAAUGGAGAUCCGGACGAAGGUACUAGCGAUCAAAAGCCCAAAGCUCCGAGGAUUCAUCAUCCAAGCAAUGUGGUUAGCCAUUAUCUUCAUGCUUUUAUCGCUGGCCUGUGCGGUUUUGGCAGAAGUUUUUGCUAUAGUUGAGUUCUGCAUCUUUGCUGCAUUUGCGCCUUGGGUUUUUGCAUCUGCUGUCUACCUGUUCCUUGAGCACUGCAUUCACCGUGCCCGUGUACCUAGGGACAACAGUGCCAAUGUGUCCCUGAAGGUCCAUUUCAACUUGAAGGCUGAUAGGGGGAUCAAAGUCACCAUGUGGUCAUUUAUGGCGAUCAUCGGUAUCUUUGGAGGUUUCCUUCAUGGUCAUGACAAGAUAGAGUCUCUGAAGGCUUGUGUCAUCUUACUGACAUCAGCUUUUAUGUCCGGCUUUGCACUCACUCUGGUCAGUAUGAAGACAGAUUCAACCAGUCCCAGCUUUGCUGCAGCUACCACGGUACUAGAUUGGACUGGGGCAGCAACGUUUGCGGCUGCAAUAUUUGCCGUUAUAGUUGCAAUGGUUUUGGAAAUACUUUGAACCAUGCUAGCCGUGUGGAGCAACCUGAGUUGUUACGGCGGUGUGGCGUGGCGCGGCGAUCCACCACCUUCACAACUUUACAGCAACAUGACGCGUGGCGUGACGACACUAUACACACGUGGCGAAUACAAACAUUAUAGUAUAGGAUAUUAGCACAAAAGAUAAAUAGCAAUGUAAAUGUAGCAUAAAAGACAUAGCACUCUCGCAUCAAUCAUCAUUCAAAGUUUCAAAUCUCUCAUCUCUCAAAAGUCAUCCAAUGCAAACUCAUCGAAAUCGUUUGAAGCAUCCAUGUUCUCCACAUCAUCUUCAGUAGCAUCCAUUGGUUUGUCACUAAAAUCAUCAAUAUCAACAUCAUCCAUAAUGAUGUCUUCUUCCUCUUCCUCCUCCUCAUCAUCUUCAACCACUCUUGCUUCUUCAACCACUCUUGAUAUAUGUCUUGCACGACGAGCGUAGGUCCUAGGAAGGUUACAACCUCGAAGCUCAUGUGAUGCACCAAUUGCUUCAUCAACUUGGUCCCAUGUGAUGUCCAAAGCACUAGAACAUUAAGGUUGGGCCGUUGGGUCAACCCAUUCAUUUUCCCAAUCAAAAUCUUCCAUAACUAAAGGAUCAUAACUUUUACCCGCUUCCUCACGGCGUUUUUAGAACCUACUAGUCAUUUUCCGAUUGUAGGCAACAUAAACCAAAUCAUUCAAUCUUUUAUGCUCUAGCCAGUUUCUCUUCUUUGUAUGAAUCUAUAAGCAACCAUAAAAGCAAGCAAAGUUAACAAAAAUGUAUUAUUAAUUUUGCUAAUUGAAAUGUGAAACUUGAGUACUUCACUUAUAAAUUCAAAAGUGCUCCAGUUACGCUCACAAUCAGAUGAUGAAGCACAAAGACUAACAAUACGCUUAGCAAAUCUUUGUAAGUCAAUAGAUCGGCCACCAUACGCACAUCACCAAUCAACUAAAUUGACAAUAAACAUGCAUAUAUUACGGGUUAAGCUAUAAAUAACAUGCUGUAAUUAAAAUUUCAAAUCACUUACGAGGGUUCUUUGACUUCAUAGUUUGGAGGGCCAUACAAUUCUUGAAGAUGCCUCCACGUUGAUUUUCGUAGAGCAUGGAUUGUUCUUCAAUUUUGUUUUGAAGGGUCUCAUCUUCCACCAUUCGUGCAAGCACAUAAUUGAAACAACCCCUUAUGUGCCUAA